UAUGGCGGCCGCAGUGGGAGCCUGACCGAAGUUUACAUUUUCUUACUUCCAAUGAAAGUGUAAAAAAAUACAUGGAGAGGCGAAACGGCAUUGGCCGAGGGCUUGCUAGUCGCCCGCAUUGGAUACGAGUGGCGAAAACGGCUUGACAAGCACACUGACAGAGACGGGAAAGACGGUCUGUGCUUUAGCUAGCUAGCUAACUUUGGAAAAGGGUACCCGGGGUCCGGGUACGUUUGAGCCCGGGAGAAGAGCUCCAGAGGACUGAAACAUUGGACACGGAAGUUGGAGAAAGAAAGGCAGUGGGGGUGGGGUUGUAUCGGUCUCCAAGCCUGUGUGUGUUUGUCAAGAUCGAUUCAGUCGAGUUUUUGGGAGACACUUCUACUGAGCUACUGUUCGAUGGACUAACUGCAGUCAGGACGGCGUUAACGUUAUUCUACUAAGUUGGUGCUAGCUAGCUAAGCUUACUUCCAGUGCUGCAUAAAUUGGCUAGAUAGCAUUUGCGCUGCAACAGUAAACAAAGUGUUUUUCGCUAACUUGGCUAAUUUUGCACUGCUUUCAGUGCUCAGUGAUAACGGAUAGCAUCAGCUAAAGUUCAAGUUGAACAGAAACGCAACACGGUACAACAGAAAAGUUUUUAACAUAAGUUUAUACAGCAUAAAUGUCAGCGAGCUCACGUUAAGCAUUCAGAGAUAAGUUUGACUUAACGUGUUCUUAACACUCAUCCGUGUUCUGGCUAGCGAGCUAUGACUACUGACAUUUACCACGAAUAAGCUUCAACCACCAGUUGCACAUUCAGUGGGCCGCGAGCUAAAUUCUAAAAAACUUUGGCUAGCCAACUAACAUAUAGAGUGAAACUCGUUAACUCUUCAUUUAAUUAUUCAGGAUUAGUCAAAUUGACCGAAACCUUUGUGAACUCUUCUGUCAUUGAUUUUUUAUUAUUAUUAUUUUUUUUUACAGUGAUUUCGUCGAUUGAUUUGGGGUGGGUAGUUAUCUACACGCAGGGUGUUGUUGCGUUUCUAUAUGUGUGUAGGAAUUGUGAUCUUAAAUCAUAUCCAAUAUGAAAACUAAACGUGACUAGGAAAGGACACAUUCAAUGUGUGAAAUGUCCAUUUGUACUUCCGCACUAUGAUGUACACGUUGUGUUUAAUUCAUUAAUCCCAGUGUCAAGGCCUGUUACUGCUGACUACUAACUGUGUCUAACUAAUGUCCAUUACAUUUCAGUCUGGGUAAUGGGGACGUAGAUGGGUCGUUUUCUCUUGACUGACCCAUCAAAGAGUCGAAACGAAUGGGUUCACGAGGUUAGAACACACAUUCAAAUAUCGAACAUUGUACAUUAAUUCACCUUGUUGCCUUGCGACUUGAACGAUUUCCGUAAAGUAUGCGUUUGUUUAUCACGACUAUCGUGCCUUCUUCCAAAAAGUGCCUCAUCCAGAGGCUUCGGGCCUGCCACAAUAGAGAUUGUUUAAAUAGCUAAUUGGACUGUAGUUUGUUACACUUGAUAGCCGUAACUAAGAGGAGAAUAUCAUUUUAGACUAGGGUGACCGUGGUGCUUGCUGGUUUGGUCAAUGGUUAUUUGUAACUAUUACGAGGCGUAAUUGAUUUCUACAUUUUAGUCUCAACAAACAAAACAAACUACAGAGCACCAGUUGCUGAGUCUUUGACUUUGGGUAAGCAGAUGUGGGUUUCAGUUAACUGAAUAGUCAAAGUAUUAUUAUGAGUUUGGACUCCAAUGCGCAUCAUACCCAGAUGUAACCAAGCGUAUUUUAUCCAUUUUCACACCACCACACAGAACAGGUAAACGGACUUGUGCUUUUAAACCAUUCAGCCGAAUAUUAUUUGCCUUAUGUCCCUAGUAUAAAACCAGCCGUUUCUGGGGUUUAAAAACAAGAGACUAGACUGUUGCCAAGAUACCGAACUGUGGCCUCGCAGGACUGAAUGUAGCAAUAACCGCUGAACCGCUCGCGUACAGUCUCAGUAACUCUGGUCUGUGCGCCAGGUAGCGAGUGCAUGACACUGGUCUGGAGUCCCCACAUUGCCCGAGUGUGUCGGACCCUUCUGGCUUUAGCAGCAGCGCUCUGCCAGAGAACACAGCGCGGCGGGGGCCGUGCCGGAGCGGUCCAUGAACGUUGAGGAGCGCCGUGUGGGAAACUUCGGGAAUUUCGGGCCUCUUAUCCACGUUUCUGUGCUCGCGGAUAACGGCCGCCACACUCCGGGGAUCUGGAUUGGGACUCGGAGGACAGCGGCUACAUCUCGCCCCCCCACCCUCGGCUGCCCUGACCCCUUCCCGGCCCGAGCCCCCCAGUGCGCCUCCCGGCUGCGGCCCAGCGUUGCGCCCCCAUGGGGCAGCAGCCGGGGAAGUCGGUGGGGGACCAGAGGAGGCCCAGCCUGCCGGCUCUGCACUUCAUCAAGGGGGUAAAGAGGGAGCAUUCGCGCCACGGAGCGCACCACUGCAACGUCUUCACCGUUCACGAAGCUCUUCAGCGGCCGGAUUUCGAGCCCCAGGGCCUGACAGAGGCGGCCCGCUGGAACUCCAAAGAGAACCUGCUCGCCGGGCCCAGCGAGAACGACCCCAACCUGUUCUUGGCCCUCUACGACUUUGUGGCGAGUGGAGACAACACGCUCAGCAUCACUAAAGGGGAGAAGCUCCGCGUCCUGGGCUACAACCACAAUGGCGAGUGGUGUGAGGCUCAGACCAAGAACGGGCAGGGCUGGGUGCCUAGCAACUACAUCACCCCCGUCAACAGCCUGGAGAAGCACAGCUGGUACCACGGGCCCGUGUCGCGCAACGCGGCCGAGUACCUGCUCAGCAGCGGCAUCAACGGCAGCUUCCUGGUGCGGGAGAGCGAGAGCAGCCCGGGCCAGAGGUCCAUCUCGCUGCGCUACGAGGGCCGCGUGUACCACUACCGCAUCAACACUGCCUCCGAUGGCAAGCUGUUUGUGUCGUCGGAGAGCCGCUUCAACACGCUGGCCGAGCUGGUGCACCACCACUCCACCGUGUCGGACGGCCUGAUCACCACGCUGCACUACCCGGCGCCCAAGCGCAACAAGCCCACCAUCUACGGCGUCUCGCCCAACUACGACAAGUGGGAGAUGGAGCGCACCGACAUCACCAUGAAGCACAAGCUGGGCGGCGGCCAGUACGGCGAGGUCUACGAGGGCGUGUGGAAGAAGUACAACCUCACCGUGGCCGUCAAAACGCUAAAGGAGGACACCAUGGAGGUGGAGGAGUUUCUGAAGGAGGCUGCGGUCAUGAAAGAGAUUAAACACCCCAACCUGGUCCAGCUGCUCGGUGUGUGCACACGGGAGCCGCCCUUCUACAUCAUCACAGAGUUCAUGACGCACGGCAACCUGCUGGACUACCUGCGGGAGUGUAACCGCGAGGAGGUGGACGCCGUGGUGCUGCUCUACAUGGCCACGCAGAUCUCCUCCGCCAUGGAGUACCUGGAGAGAAAGAACUUCAUCCACCGGGACCUGGCUGCCCGGAACUGCCUGGUCGGGGAGAACCACCUGGUGAAGGUGGCGGACUUUGGGCUGAGUCGUCUCAUGACCGGAGACACGUACACGGCGCACGCUGGUGCCAAGUUCCCCAUCAAGUGGACCGCUCCAGAGAGCCUGGCCUACAACAAGUUCUCCAUCAAGUCCGACGUGUGGGCGUUCGGAGUCCUGCUGUGGGAGAUCGCCACCUACGGGAUGUCUCCAUACCCGGGCAUCGACCUGUCCCAGGUCUACGAGCUUCUGGAGAAGGACUACCGCAUGGACCGGCCUGAGGGCUGCCCCGAGAAGGUCUACGAGCUCAUGAAAGCCUGCUGGAAGUGGAACCCUGCUGAGAGGCCGUCUUUUGCCGAAACACACCAGGCCUUCGAGACCAUGUUCCAGGAGUCCAGCAUCUCAGAUGAGGUGGAGAAAGAGCUGGGGAAGAAGGGGCGCAAGGCGACGCUGGGGCCCUCCCAGCAGGCCCCGGAGCUGCCCACCAAGACCAGGACCCUGCGGAGGAACGUGGACAACAAGGAUGGAGACGGGCCAGACGUGGCCGAGCCCGAGGUAGCCGUCUCGCCCAUGCUGCCCCGCAAGGAGAGGCCGUUCCUGGACAGCAACCUGAACGAGGAGAAGGACAAGGACAAGUCCAAGACCAGCAUCUUCAACCUCAUCCGCAAGAAGAAGAAGACGGCCCCCACGCCGCCCAAGCGCAGCAGCUCCUUCCGCGACACGGACGGCCACCUGGACCGCCGCGGCGGCAUGGUCCUGCCCGACGGCCGGGACGACUUCAACAACGGCUCCCUGUUCGGGGACGCCCACGCCGUCGAGUCCGGAAAGUUCCUCAGCGCCAACAACAACGGCGGCGGCGGCAUCACCAACGGGGCCCCCGCCUACCCCGGGCCCUUCCUGCCCCACGCCCGCAGGAAGGGCGGCCCCCCGGGGUCCGGGGCCGGAGGGGGGAAGGGCGGGGGGGCCCCGCCGGGCGAGGAGGACCCCGUGUCCAACUCCAAAAGGUUCCUCCGCUCGUCCUCGGCCUCCAGCAUGCCGCCCGGGUCGGACCGCACCGAGUGGAAGUCCGUGACGCUGCCCCGCGACCUCCAGUCCCGCCACCACUUCGACUCGGGGACGUUCGGCGGGCGCUGUGACAAGCCGGCUCUGCCCCGAAAGGUGGCGCCUCCCCGCCUGGGCGCCCUCACCCCGCCCCCGCGGCUGCCCAAGAAGGUGGAGGAGCCCCCGGACGAGGUGUUCAAGGACGGCGAGGCCAGCCCCGGCUCCAGCCCGCCCACCCUGACGCCCAAGCUGGGCCGCCGGCCUGCGGGCCCCGGCGACCCUGGAGAGGCCUCGCGCACCAGCGCCCUGCAGGCUGAGCUGCUCAAGCCCAACGUGUUCCCCGCUCUGGGCGCGGCCGGGGAGGAGUGCCGCGCCCGCCGGAACAAGCACGCCCCCGACCAUCCCCAAAACAGGGACAAGGGAAAGUUCCAGAAGCCGAAACCGGCCCCUCCUCCGCCGCCUUCCUCCGCCAAGUCCGGGAAGGCCUCCUGGGGCCCCACCCAUGAACAUUCCCCCUCGGACGCCAAACCCAAAUCUUCCCCGCACCCCGACCCGCACCCAUCGGCUGAACAGGGACGCGCCCCGCCGCCACCGGAGGCCAGCAAAAAACCCAGCCUCGCCCCCGGCCCUAAACUCCCGCCGCCCAAAACCGGCUCCCCCACCUCCGCCCCCAACCAGUUACUGCCCCCCGGCGGAGAGCAGGUGAACCCCACCGCCUUCAUCCCGCUCAUCACCUCCCGCCGCUCCCUGCGCAAGACCCGGCAGCCCGCCGACCGGCAGCCCCACUCCGCCAUCACCCGGGAGACGGUGCUGGAGGGCGCGGAGCGGCUGAGGGCCGCCAUCGAGCGGCACUCGGAGCAGACGGGCAGCCACAGCGCCGUGCUGGAGGCCGGCAAGAACCUGUCCCGGCUGUGCGUCAGCUUCGUGGAGUCCAUCCAGCAGAUGAGGAACAAGUUCGCCUUCCGCGAGACCAUCAACAAGCUGGAGCACAGCCUGCGGGACCUGCAGAUCUGCCCGGCCACCACCGGGGGCAGCGCGCACCAGCCGGACUUCGGCAAGCUGCUGUCCUCCGUCAGGGAGAUCAGCGACAUCGUGAGGAGGUAGCGAAGGAGGCGUCGCGGGGGACCGGAGCUUGUCGACGGCGUUUCCGCCGAUCCGGACUGUGUCGGUCCGUGGAAAAAGGGGCAGGGCCGUCGGGCGGCAUUCCCGCCCUUAUCGCCUGAUCGACGGUAUGUUUCAUUCAAAAAAAAUAAACGAGAGAAAAAAAACUAAAACAGGGCCGGCUUCUGUGCACAGAAUCAAAAGAACCUUUUAACCUUUUCUAUUAUGUCUGCUAACACAUAAACAAAACACCUUUAAAGAAACAAAUGCAACACUGCGUCUAAAGCCUUCGCAGAAAGGCUGGUGCCUGAUUCUGCAUUCACUUGAAUUGUUUUAAUUGGUUGACCAGUCCAUAUUUUCUUUAUAAAUAUUUUAAGUAAAUAUCACUACAAAUAAAGCCAUCAUGAUUUUUCUACAGACUGUUGAGAGGAGGAUGGCCUACAUUCCUCGUUCGCGUCUCAUUUGUCGAGUUCUUGCCUGAUGUGGGUUUUUUUUUUUUUUGGGAGGACAGUGGACGUUAUGCCAACGGACAGGUGCCUUCUGGGAUAGGGCGAGGGCACAGGAGAGACUGCUCUUGCAGCAGUGCCGCUAACGGGUACACAGCUUCGGACUCUGUGUGAGACUGAGACAUGAACUGCCCUUGAAAAGAUUUCAGCAGCAGAGAGUUCCCCAAAGAUUGUGAUCGAUGCGUGAAGUUUCCUUUCCGCUGUCGCGGUGCCUUCAGUCAGGAACGCGGAGGUCUCGCCCAGGGCUGGGAGCCCAUCAGGUGCCUUCACUGAAAUUACAGCAAUAAUGCCAAGCAGAGGAGCCGGCCCAGAGGCCACCAUCAUCUCCUCCGAACCGCAACUGUGCCUUAAUCGUCUACAGAACCGUUAUCCUGGACUUACCGGGCCGUUUGGUUAUUUUCGUUAUUAUAUGGUUUGUAAUAAAAAAGGUGGGAAGUCUUGAUCACGUAACACACACACGCACACACACACACACACUACUGUCUCCAUGGAGGAUGGAGAAGCACCAGGAAUGAUGAACUCUUUGUGUUGGAUAAGUUUCUUUCUUUUUUAUAAUGUCCUCAUAUGGAAUGGUUGCCUUGAUUCCUUGAGUGGUAAUUGAAUGCUACCUUUCACAGAAUGUUUCUGCCCCCCCCCCCCGUUCACAAUACCGAGCGAUGCUUUAAUGUGGCUGCUUUCACCUUCAAUGUCCUUCUAAUAUGUUCUCUUGCCAAAAAAAAGUCAGACAGCAUAGCCGUUGUACAGCUUCUAAGAAGUUUGUGCGUGAAACACACGCCAGCUCACGCGUUCUCACCGUCAAUCAACACCUUCGCCUCGGCUCUUUUCCGAGGGGACCGUCUUAUCGCAGAAAUAGUGACGUACUUGUGCCUAACAAACCGAUGGGACGUGUCACUUUGUAGUCAAAGUUCAUCAUACUAAGGUUUUACCUUCCAUUUCACUCCCGUUUUGUGUAAACGGCGUAUUUUCAUGUUUUCAGUAUUAGUUGUGUUUUUUUUUUGUUUUUUUUUUUCCUCCUGAUAAAUGUUGCCCUGUCUGACUGCCAUUAUUGAGCACAUUUCUGCCCCUGAGCUGCCUUCACUAUCCGGUACGGUACUGUUAACAUUCUCUUACCCCUUUUUAUGUUUUUUAUUUUUAUUUUAUUGUAAAUUCAUGCCACUAUUUUCCUUGUAUCUGAGCAGCCUCACCAUUUUUGUAAACUAAUGAGCAGUUCAUUUGUUCCUUUUUCUUUUGUAAAUAUUUGUUUUGUCUUCAUUUUCACAUGUUCCUCUGUAACCUUGGUGCAAUUCUUUUAUUUGUUUGGUAAAAUACAAAGCAAAUGUGUUACUUGAAAAAGA